AUGUUCUCCCGUGGAACACGCUGCUACUUGGCCAUAGCAAAAUCGGAUCUCGACGCAUACAACAUAGAGGCAUUGGCCGAGGAGGUCAUCCUAGAAAGCAUCCGUCUCCUCAAAACCUCGUGGCCGAAGCCCGAUCGACUUCAUGAAGCCAAAUUCUUUCACAAAUACGAAGAGAGACUCCGUGACGCCAAAAAGGAACGGCCACGUGGGGUACCAACGCUUCUCGCCAGUGGGGAGGAUGUUACUCGCCACCAUUGCAGAGGCACCGAAAACCAAUACGCGAUGGCGGAGUUCAGUGUGAGCGAGUCAGAAUCUUUAAACGAGGACGAUGCGGCGAAUUUCUCUGAACCCGUCGACGAUUUUGAAGUGGAGGAGUAUUUGGGCAUCUCCGACCUGGUAGACAAACUCGGCGCGGUGCUUCAGAGGCUUAAUAGUCCCUCUGAAGGCAAACCUGACCAACGUGGACCAGAAACCCGUCGCCUGGACUGGCUCUUACUCAAAGAGGUUGCAAAGGACUUGUCGAGUGCCAGCGACUCUUAUGAGUUCGCCACUGCUAUGUGCGAUGCGGUAGAAGUACACCGGAGCCUAUAUGAGAUUGGUCGCAUUAUCCACAGAGACAUUUCCGCUGGCAAUAUCAUGAUCGCGCUUUCUACAUCUGAAAAGCCGCGCGGGCUUCUCAUUGACUGGGAAAUGGCCAAAGACACGACGGACGAUCAAUCGGAAAUCCACGGGAUUAUCACCGGCACAAUGAAAUACAUGUCACUUGCUCUUGAACAUGCACCGUUGCACCAAGCGUGGCAUGACCUAGAGUCUUUCUUUUGGUUUUCAUCGAUGCCAAAGGCUCAGUCGACAAUCCUCCUUGGGCCACACCGAGAAUCGCCAAAUGCGCACGCACCUUUUCGACUCCGCAACACGCUCGAGCUGAGAGCGGGGUUGCUUAGGUCUCCAGAGACGCUACGAAAGCUAAGGGAGGGCGCCGCUGAGCGGUUUGCUCACUGGAGGGAAAUUCUCCAUGCCUGCGACGAGAUGGACCGAGGUGCUUGGGCGAUCCCAAUAUCUCUCUCAGAAAAAGAAUCUCGAAUGGGAACUCCGUCUCUCUCUCGAGAUGUCACCAUUGCCUUUAACAACGGUGUGGGCAAGAACCGUGCAGCGACAAACAAGUCCUCAGAGGUUCUAGCAUCUAUGGAAGGUGGAGAAGCCAGAGGCGAUGAGAAACCCGCUCUGGCCGAGCGCACCUCUGAUCCAUUCUACUUUAACGAUGUCCUCGACGUACCUGACCCACUCCACAUCCCUACCUUGUUCCGACUGUCCACUGCGUUGCUGGGUGCAUUUGGGAAAAGGCUAGUCUCUUCCCUCAUCGAGAGGCCAUCGGCACGGCAGAUGGGUUCUGGGAGCUACGAGAAGCUAAAUGAUGACGAGGAGACCGAAAUAGAAGGUAGCUGGACUCUGAGCAAGUGGGGUAUCGCUGGCCUGGCGUUUGCCAUAGGGUAUUACGCGGCUCGAUUGCUCGCCAAAUAG